AUGGUGGCAGACAGCCAUGGCAUAUCCUUGCUGGUUGCAGCAUUCUCCAGCAUGUUUGCAUCCCCCAUGGUCACCUUCGGUCACCGCCGUCAGGCACACCUGGCCGCCAUGGUUGCAGCAUGUGGUCACCGCCAUGGAAGCACGGUGAUGGAGCUCGUGGUGGCUCGGUCCCAGCACGGGGAAAAGAUGGGGAUGCGGCGCGUGUGGAGAAAUACGGCUGAAGUUGAUCACGGCGAAGGCCCCCGGGUAGCCGAGACGUCGUCGAGGUGCGUGACGGAGGGCGCGACGCACGAUUUCGUGGUGACCAACUACCCGCUGCUCGACGGCAUGGGCUUCGGGAGGUACAUUAGGUCGAGCACGUUCACCGUCGGCGGCUACGACUGGAACAUCAGGUUCUACCCGGACGGAGGCAGGGCGGACGCUGCCGGCUACGCGUCAGCCUUCUUGUCUUGUCUUUGCCAGCUGGCCAAGUACGAGGUGAGGACAAAGUUCACAUUAACCAUGCUGGACGAUCAAGGUGACGUACAAGAAACCAGGGAGAUAGGGAGUCACGUCUUCUCUCCAGAAAUCGCUGUCUAUGGCUUUCCCAAAUUCGUCGAGAAAUCGAAGCUGAGAUCCUCGUCUCACCUCUUGACGCUGAGGUGCGUCGCCGCCGUGAUCAAAGAACCGCCCGCGGAGUGCAGGACGAGCCUUGCCGCGGUCCCUCCGACGGAGCUUCCCGGCCAGCUCGAGCGCACCCUCAAGGACGGGAUAGGCGCGGACGUCACCAUCCUCGUCGGAGGCCGGCAGUUCAGGGCGCACAGGUUCAUGCUGGCCAUGCGGCUACCGCUUCUCGAUGCUCAGAUCUUUGGUCCGACGAUGGAGGUCGCCGACAUGGAGCCGGACAUCUUCGAGAUCCUUCUUCACUAUGUCUACACGGACUCGUUGCCGCCGUGCGACGGCCAAGGUUAUAGCACCGCCGCAGUGGAGCACUUGCUGGCCGCAGCUGAUCGGUACGGGCUAGGCAGGCUGAAGGCGAUGUGCCAAGGAGAGUUGUGCGGGCGCAUUGAUGCUAAUACCGUCAUGGCCACAUUGGCACUGGCGGAUCAGUAUAUAUGUGAGCGGCUCAAGGAUGCCUGCCUCGAGUUUCUGUCGUCAGAGGAAUCAAUGAUUGCAGUCAUCGCAACCGACAGGUUCAAACACCUCAUCAAAAGUGUCCCCAUGCUUGAUUUGGAAAAAGAGCCCCGAGGAAAAGGUACCCCUCGCCAGGAAGUAAUCAAAGUCAGAAGUAAUUUCCAUGGAGCAGAUUUUUUUUUUGUAAGUAAAUCAUCUCUUGUAGGAGAGGUUGGUUGA